AUGUCUGUCCUUGAGCUGCAUAAUCUAUGUGCCAUUACAGCAGCUGUUGUUGCCUUGUACCUACUCAAGACGUUGGUCAUCGGCUUGCGUAACCCUCGUGCACAUAUUCCGGGACCAUGGUAUGCCCGCUUCACGAAUCUACCGCACAACUACACACGCAUAAAAGCUUCAAAACACCGAUGGACGCAAGACUUGCACGCUCAGUAUGGGCCCAUUGUACUCAUGGCGCCCAAUGAGAUCGUCGUUAGUGACCCUGUGGUGCAUCAAAAGAUCCACGCCAUGGGCACCAAGUUCCUCAAGGGCCCUCUGUACGAAACCUCGAAGCUCGGUGAGGAGCACUCGCUUUUCAGCCUCAAGGAUCCCAAAAAGCACGCGGAGCGACGCCGGCUUUUCUCGCGCGCCUUUACGGUUGGUUCGUUGCGAAAGAACUGGGAAACCCAGGUCCGCGAACGGGUCGACCUUGCCAUCGAACUGAUUAAGCAAGACGCCACACAGGGCACAGCAGAUGUCUAUAAGAUAUGGCGCCUGCUCACUGGCGACGUGAUCUCGCAGCUCUCCUUCGGCGAGUCUUUCCACAUGCUCGAGUCUGGUGCCAAGACCAAUUACUUCGAGGCGUUGCAGUAUGCUGGCACAUAUCUCAUCUUGAAGCAUAUUCUCCCCUUCUUCUCGCUCUUGAGCUUUCUCCCUGUCAACAUCUUCAAGAAGAUGGUCGCGGCCGGCCAGAUCAUUCACGACCAAGGUACCACGGCAGUGGACAAUCUUCGCAAUUCCGGUGACAAGAACCGCAAUCUCUUUUCUGACAUGCUCGAUGCCAGCGAGAGCGGCGAGAAGCCGGGCCUAACCGACGAUGUGAUUCGCUCAGACGUUGCAUUGUUCAUGGUGGCUGGUAGCGACACCACGGCAGUGGCCCUGACUUACGUGGUUUGGGCUGUGCUAAGACGACCGGAACUACAGCGAAGAUUAGAGGAGGAAGUUGCAUUGCAGGACCAAGACUUCACAGACGAGACCCUGGAGAAGCUCCCGCUCCUCAACAAUGUGAUCGAUGAGAGCCUACGGCUUUACAACCCCGGGGGCGGGCCGCUGCAGCGCGUAGUGCCACCAGGUGGUGUGACGUUUCUCGGCCAUUACAUUCCGGAAGGCACUGUGAUCAGCACCCUCAACUGGAACAUCCACCGUAAUCCUGUGGUCUUUCCCAAUCCUGAGAAAUUUGAUGAGACACGUUUUGAAAACCCCACCGCUGAUAUGAAGGCGGCAUAUAACCCGUUCAUGCUGGGGUCCAGAAGCUGCAUAGGGGUACAUCUAGCCAAGAUGGAGUUGCGCUUAGCAAUUGCCAAAUUCUUUAGGGAAUGCAGAGGGGCUCGACUUGGAAAAGAAAUGACCGAGGAGAUGAUGGAGAUGCAACUGCAAUUCUUGUUCUUCCCCGUGGGAGGCAAACUCGAAGUCACUCUUCGCGAUGACGCCUAA